AUGUGUGAAUUAUUUGGAAAUCCACCUCAGUUUGAAUAUGUAGAUUUUGCACUUAAUCAUCCAAUCUUCUGUUUUGAUCUAUCAGCUCAUCAAGAAGAUCUUUUCAAAACAGGGGUGAAUAUGAAUAUUCAUAUUGAAAAAACACAAGGAGAUGUAACAGGUUAUUGUUUACUACUCGAAGAAGCAAAACAUUUAAUUAAAAUAGCUGAUAGAACGGUGGGUGCAGCAACUGGUGGAAUAUCUGCCGAAUUCAAAGCUGCCAACGCAAAGAAAGCAGCUGAUGCUAAAGCCGCUGAAGAACCUAGACAUAAUUUGAUAAUGGAAAAGGAAGCCAAAGGUUCAGGAGUGGGAGAUAUGAUAGGCACAAUAAAAGAAUUUGGAAAAGGAUUUGGGGAAGAAACCAAGAAAACUGUUAAACAAGGAUUAAAUAAAUUAGUAGAUAGUAUUGACACAGGAGAAGUCAAAGUCAAACAUAAGGAUUUCAAUUCACUAUAUAUCUACACACCAACACCAGAGCAAUCGUAUUACCAAUUCCUCAAAGCUUUAGAAUAUUUACCAAAGAAAGAUGUUCAAGACAUAUUUCAAUAUUAUGAAGAAAAAGAAGAAGAAGCGGAAAUAAAAGAUGUCAUAGAUAACUACAUUGAAGCAAAGAAUCCAACGGAUAUAAAAGUUUUUCUUACGAAAAAUGUUAAUGACCUAGACUUGUCUAAUAUUGAUAGCAAUCGAAAGAACUUAAUAUUAUUAGACGACUGCGUAGCGCAAAGAAAUCAAGCUGUUCAACAAAAAUUCUUCACGAAAGGAAGACAUCAUAAUCUUUUUACGGGAUGGAUUCUAUGGUCAUUAGAAAAAUGCACAUCGUUUUUUAUUAUUUGA